AUUCGAAAGACGUUUUGUCCGGAAAAAAAUGAUCAUCGCUAUUCAGUUGCGCGGUUUGUAAUAUAAAUAUUCGCGACUCCAAGCGUUCGCAAGCUGUUUCUGCGGCGCACACGUUCCUACCAUAUGACACGCGAAAGCAAUAUACAAGCUCGUCGAACGCGCAUUCUUCAGCGUCUACAGAAUAUUGCACGUUGCACGUGACCUUAUACGAAAACUGAAGUCACGAAGAUAGAUCGAUCUCGCGGAAGCAACCUCUGACAAAGACACCAGGAUUAUUCAAUAAUCAGUGGAUCAUCAUGCUAAUUUUACCCAUGAUACCGUUUUUCCUAGGCUAUGUCGCACAGAAUGAAAGCAACCAUACGCCCACGUACAUAUUCCACGUGCGGAUAGACACGUUAUUAAACAACCACUCAAAAACAGACAAUAAGGAGAGCAACGCCGGCCUGGAGUUCAACCUGAAGUGUCAGCCGCAUGAAAAUGAGAAUCUAAAAUGUCACAUCCCGAAGACCAUUUCUUAUUCACCGAGUACUGACCCCAUACACAUGGUGGACAAUAACGUUUUCACACCGUCAUCCCUUCAAUUCAACCGGAUACGUUACCGAAUGAGCUUCGAUUUUAAGGGAGUAACGGAUUAUCAGUUCUUGACGGAAAACGUGACAAACAAGGAGGCGUUAUUGGAAAUAUACCAGUUCAUCGGGGAUCAGCUGAGCGUUGGUGUUAACCUCAAGAAAAAGGAAUUCGUAUUCAACGCGACGGAGAACACUAUUAUCGGCCAAUGCCCGACACUUUACAAACUCAAUCAAGAUGUGAUGUACAAUAGAAAAAGUUUCAAGCUGAUCUCCUUAAUUGCGAAUCAUAGGUACAGGUUGAACGAGAACGAAUCGUUCCAUAUUAGUAAACAAAGACGUGUGAACGAGUGUCAGUCGCAGAAAAGUUAUAUUUUUGGAAGGAGCUUAUGGAUCGACUUCAUAACAUCGAAUGUCACCGCGAAGCCGAAAGAUUCGGGGACUCUAAUGUCAUAUAAUCAGCACGAUUUCUACACUAAGACUAUAAAUACAUUUGAUCUCUAUAAUGAGCAAGAUAACAAAGUUGGCUAUCUCUACGAAACGAUUAAUGUUAGAUUGGAAUCAGUAAAGAAGUAAAGAACAUGACACGAGUAUCACGUUGAUUCAAACGCUAAGGGAUACGCUCAGUGAUCUCAAUUUGGCAACGAACAAAAUUACACGGAGGACAUAUUUUUAACUCGAUUUUAAAAUAUUCUUGACAUGUGACAUUAAACUGCAUAAUGUGUUAUAAUUAUUAUAACUACGUAAACACGAUAUAUAUAUACAGCUUUUGUUAUGUUUCUAUCCUUUUUUAAAUAAAAUUUAUAAUUUUGCUGCCCGAUAA